CACCAGCGGUGGUGUCAGGUACGAGGAGGACAAGGAGGAGCUGGGCCUGGAUGUAUGAGUGGGCUUCAUGGGCCUGAAGGACCAUCUGGAGGAUGGAACAGGCCACAUCCUCAGCCUGGGGCUGGAUCUGGAUUACCUCCACGUAGAUGGUGCCCUGCAGAAGGCUGGUCCGAGUCAUGCGGCCGGCUCUGGGGUCCUGCAGGGCAGAGGAAGUACCCCUCAUAAGAGCGGCAGCAGCACUGGUGGAAGCAGCACGAGUCUUAGCAAUCGCUCGUACUACAGCAGCAGCAGCAGCUGCAGUAACUUCUCAGAGGAGAGCGCCAUCUCUGACAGCGAGGAUGAACGACUUCAGGCUGCUCCUGGUUCUGAAUCUAAAAAACUCUUCCAGGAGAACCCUCAGCGACUCUGGGGAGAAUCCUCCUCUGACAGUCAAGUGGCCAGGCUGGACCUGGAAUCCACCCUGCAACCUGGAGGCUCUCAACAGUCAAACAGAUCCCCUCCAGCAGACCGCAUCACAAACUACUGCACCAAGGUGGAGUUUGCACUCAAGCUAGGCUACACCGAAGACCUGGUGCUGCUGGUUCUGAAGAAACUGGGCCCAGAUGCACUCAUCAACGACAUCCUGGGAGAGCUGGUGAAGCUGGGAACAAAGACGGAGCUGCAGCUGCCAGGAGGGGCCGUCUCCCAGUCUGUGUCCUCGUCUGCAUCAACCUCUUCCUCCUCUAACUCGUCCCUGGAUUCCUGCCGGCUGCUGUCCCUGCCCCCCAUGAUGGAGGACAAAAACAACCUCAGGCCCGUCGUCGUGGACGGAAGCAACGUGGCCAUGAGUCAUGGGAACAAAGAAGUGUUUUCCUGCCAAGGCAUCCAGCUGGCGGUGGACUGGUUCUUUGGGCGAGGCCACCGGGACAUCACCGUGUUCGUACCAGCCUGGAGGAAAGAGCAGUCUCGUCCUGAUGCUCUCAUCACAGACCAGGAGAUCCUGCGGAGACUGGAGAAAGAGAAGAUCCUGGUUUUCACGCCGUCUCGGCGCGUGCAGGGCCGCCGGGUGGUUUGCUAUGACGACCGAUUCAUCGUCAAACUGGCCUAUGAGUCAGAUGGUAUCAUCGUCUCCAAUGACAACUACAGGGAUCUAGCCAAUGAGAAGCCGGAGUGGAAGAAAUUCAUCGAUGAACGCUUACUCAUGUAUUCCUUCGUAAACGACAAAUUCAUGCCACCAGAUGACCCACUUGGACGGCACGGGCCGAGUCUGGAGAACUUCCUGAGGAAGAGGCCUGUUGUUCCUGAACACAGAAAGCAGCCAUGUCCUUAUGGCAAGAAGUGCACAUAUGGCCACAAGUGUAAGUUUUACCAUCCAGAGCGGGGCAGUCAUCCCCAGAGGUCUGUGGCCGAUGAGCUCCGAGCCAGCGCCAAAAUUUCGGUAGCUUCCAGAGGUUUGCUGGAGCAAGCCCUGUCUGUAAAAAGCCAAACUGAGGGCGGUGUGGAGGAACCAGCUGAAGUUGAGGCAAAACGAGGCAACAAACAGCCCAACCACAGUCCUUGGAGCUCCUGUUCCGACCUCCUGGAGGAUGGACUACAAGCUCAUUCCAAAGUAAAAGGGCGGAGAGGAAGUGAUGGCAGUAUUGGCCUUCCUACUCCUGGAGGACUUUUUUCAGGCGGAUAUCUGGAACUAUGGGAGCAUCCUACAGGAGAUAGUAAAGACUCCAGGUUUGUUGGAGCUAAUUCGUCAAGACAGGUUGAAAGUUAUCACAGAUUUGAGUCCCUGAAAGUGGGGUAUAGCCCCUUAAUAAAGGCAUAUUCAGGAUUGAGUGCUAUGAUGCCAAAAACCCCAGAAUGCCUCUUGACAACUGACUUGCGAGCAGGUUUGCAUCCAUCAGACAGUAGCAGUGAUGGAUCCGACUCUUUCUCUCCCGACAACACUUUAGAUCCCAGCCCAAAAUGCCAUCAUGGGCGCUCCUGCCACCAUCACCAAUUCAAUAGCCUUUAUACUCAUCUUGCAACCCAGGUGUCUCUGGGAUUGAACCAGCACUCGCCUCGUGGGUGUUCACUUCCUAAAACAUUACCAAGACAGCAUGGCUUUGGCUCAGACGAGCCCUCUUUUUCAGUUACACCUCGCACAUCUCCCCUGAGGACCACCCCAACCUACAUGCCACCUCAUCCAACAUCCCAACCAUGGCUUAGCAGUUUUCCAAUGGAACCAACUUCCUAUUCAACCCAAACAAGCACAGUAGGCUCUCCUCUACGGCGCGAUCCCAUGGCCUCCUUAUGGAAGGAAAGAGAGUUCCAGGACUCAAAAAUGUACGAAGGUUCACCGCUUUACUCAAGAACAAAGGAUUUGGGGUUAAACCAACAGCCUCCCCAUCCGAUAAACUGGAGUUCAAACCACCAGCCAGUGCCCAAGACUUGCUACGACCUCUUUUCUUAUAGGAGCUUCCCACCAGUUCACGGGAAGACUUGGCAGCCUCAGUGGAGUCAGCAAACGUCGCCCCGCACUCUUCCAGAAGCAAGUUUGCCGUUUUUCCCGCAGCAGUACCUUCCAUCCAUCUCCGGGCACAAGAGCCCCCUGCCUCCAUCGCCCCCGCACUCUGAGCCCACGGCAGCCUCGGGUCACUACCGGGAUCUCAGGGAGCGGAUGUUUGACAACUUGUGUGGAAUUUUCCCUCCAGAUCUGGUGAGGUCCGUGAUGACUAGAAACCCUCACGUGAUGGACGCUCAGGAGCUUGCCGCUGCUAUUUUGAUGGAAAAAUUGCAACGUAUGUAAUGACGAUAAAGUGACGUUUUCAUCUCUUGCUGGUUAUUGUCUAAUAAUCGUGCUUAAGGUAAAACAACAAAAAGGGUUUUUACUACCGGUGUAACAGAUCACUAGCCACGGUUUGGUCCACACGUGUACCACGGAAACACCCCCCCACCCCCUCGCCACUGCUGCGUACCUCACUCGCAUUAUUAAAAUUAAGCGUCUAUCCACACCAAAUGCUAUAACAUGUGUCUAAGCUGCUUCUUGACGGUUAUCCAAAAGUCUGCUAACCUGAAGCUCCUCCCACCGUGUGUAGGAGGAGCUUCCGUCAAAAACUUUUCAGGAACUCGUCAUGGAGGACGUGAAUACUGAAAAAUCUGGUUUAUUUAUUUUGAAGAGCUGAAUGAAAGCAUCCGUGUCCGGGUUCAGAGGAGCAUUAGCUGUCCCACAGCCACUGUUCCUGCAUCGGGGACAUGUCGCCAGGGGAAGGCAGUAUGGCAAGCCAAAAGGAUUAAAAAUCGCCAGGGAAAGUGGGCACGGCACGGCAGUUCAGUAAUAAUUAUUUGAAAUAUUUAAAUGUUCCCACAGUUAGUUUCAAUACUACAAUUAAUACAAAAAAAGGAAAGAGUAAUUUUAACUUUUUCAUUUAAGAUUUAAUUUGGACAUCGGGGGGGGCAAGGGAAAAAUUGCAUAUUCAACAUUCUUUUCUCUCAGUUUUUGUCGCUGUGGUCUCCACACGUGUAAAUGUAAUCAGAAACUACAUAUUUUUACAUUUUUCUUUAUGUUCAAAAUUAAAGAUGUGCAACUGUAUAUUUAUGCCUUGAAGCAUCUUUUCUCACAAAUAUGUUUGAAAGCUUUUCAAAAAGUAAUUUCAGGCUUUUAUUUAUUUAUUUUUACUUCUUACUGAUCCAAAAAAUGAUCCAAAGCGUGAUCCUAGAACCGUGAGCUUUGUGAUCCGUUACACCGCUAGUUUUUCCUGCAGGGAAGUUUUAGCACAAAUUAAAUCCCAAAACUGCCAUAUUUAUAAAAAUAUGCCUGAUUUUCAGCACUUAAAGUAAAGAAAGACUUGAAUUUUCCACAAAAACUGUUUUCAUUUGUGACUUACAUCACAAUUGGCUGACGUUUGUAAGAAUUCAUUUUUUUAUUUAAUUAUUUAGUACAUUUGAAUUUAUUUAAGUUAUUUUUUUAUGUUUCAAAAUUGCUUAUGUUUUUGCACUUUUUUGUUGUUUCCCCUCCUCAUUUUUUUAUUUAUUAUAUUUUUUAAUGGGGCAAUCAUUAUCAGGGUAUUCCUCAAACUUACUUUUCUAUGUAGGGGAAAUAUAUAUAUAUUUUUAAAAGUUACAUUAAUGUGAACGUUGGUUGUGACAUUAUCUGUCAGAUCAUAGAUAUGUUGGUAGCAUAUUUAAUGCUCAAAAACAAACAAUGUUCUUGCCUCUGCUGACAGGUGGCAGAAUAUUUGUCGUGAGAUUUUGUGGGUUUCCCCCACAAGGAAGUGAAACUCUCACAGCACCCACUGAAGAAAAAAGCAAAAACUCCACCUUAAAAAAAAAAAAAAAGAAAGAAACCCAGGCUGUUCUUUACUGCUUUGUCAGCUCUUUCGGCUGACUUCAUGUCACAUCAACCUUUAGAUUUUUAUUUGUUGUUUUUUUUUAAAUCACAAUGACCUUCUUAAUUGUUGUAAACUGUAAUGGUGUAAUAUGCCGAUCUGUUUAGGAGGAUUUGAAAAGUAUUUUAAUUUAAUUUAUGUUAUUUAUUAAUUUUUUAAUGCAUUGAUGUCUGUGUUGCUGAGUAUUAUUUGUUUUUGAAGAUUUUUAAUACUUUAGACCCAUUGAUUUUAAGUGCUAACAUCUUUCAGCACAACACUUUUUAAAUUCAAAAGCUGAAUACAGUGAAAAUAUUUUUUUUUCCUUUUUAUCCAACAUCAACGAUCUUCCCAAGUAAUUUAAAUUUUGGCGUUAGAAAAAAAAGGAAAAUUAUAAUUAUUUAAAUUUGUAUCUGAUUAUGAAAAACUUCAAAUAAUAGUUAUAAAUUUGAAAUAAUCCAUCAUUUGUUUUUUUAAGAAGUUGAUCUUUAUCGGUUUACUUUAUUAGCAUACUUUCUGUCAAAUGUGAAAAAAAAACAACCAAAAAAAAGCAUCCAGGAAGCUGUGAAAUCCAGGUACAAGAGCUUGAAUGUAACAUAGUUAAAGUGCCAUAUUUCAGCUUUAAAUAAAUAUCCAAACUGCUGUUUUAGCCCUUAUAUGUGCUGUCCAUUUAAUUCUCUAGGUAUUUCCACAGUUUUUUUCGCAGCCUGAGUUGGAUUGAUUGAAUGAGAUGUUGAUUAAAGAGUUUAGCAGGUAUUUAUUUGGCUGUUUGACUGAAGACCGGUUGAAAAUGCUAAAAUUCUGACCCGGCUGUGAUCAUUUCUAGCUCAUUUUGUUGAUGCAAAUUGUAUCCUUUAAACCUCUAAAUGCCCAUAUAUAUGUGAAAAAGUCUGUUUUCAAGAUGUUCUGGGAUUUUGAGGCUUUUAUGUGUCAUGAAAUCGUAAAGGAACAUCUUAAAAGGCAAAUUUUUGGAAAUGUUUUUCAUCUGAUCAAAGAAUUAAAUUUGUGCCACUGUGUUAAUGAUAGUAAGGCAUCUUUUAUAUAAGUCUGAUUGGGACUGAAGUUUAAAAAGAUUCAAACGUUUAGUGUCACUGUCUACAAUGUAAUUUUCGUCAUGUGUUCAAAGCCUGAAGGUAAACUGUGACAGACCUCAUAUUAAGGGCCAUCAUAAACAAGAAAGUUGAUUUCCAGCCAAACCAUAAGUUUACAGUAUAUAUGGUAUUUUUCUAGGGUGUGCUUGUCUAGCACUGUGUGCUGGUGUUGUCUGAAAGUUCAAAAACGACAGGUUUAUUUUUUUAUAUAUUCCCCAGAGGUUCUGUGGGAAAUUUUAUGUGGUUGUCAAUAUAAAUUGUUUCCAUUAAAUACUGUUUUUGGAACUGUCUGUGAGUGAAUAUUUGUUUUUUGUCCUCGUGUAAAAAAUUUGCAGAAUACUGCCGUUUCUCUCCACAAAUGCUACAUAAUGAACAUCAUUUCAGUUUAAUCACCAACACCAAAUUUAACCUCAACUAAUAUUGAUUAGCAAACUAUCAUUGCUUAGCAAGCAACAUUUAACAGCCAAUACUUUAUAUAUUUUUAUUUUCCUUAUAAGGAUUUUGUAAUCAAAUAAGUAGGUGUUUUCUCUCCUUAAAUUACAAAUACAUUUAACUUACUUUUAAAAGUAAGCAUAUGUAGUAAAUAACGCUUCGUUGCCAUAUUGGUUUACCGUUUCUUGGGGUGCUUUGGUGGUGCUUUUUUUUCUCUUUAAAGUGGAUCAAUCCUUUGGGACCAAAUCCAAGUGAUGCUGUUUUCUCUGCUCAUCUGCGAUAUUUUUACCAAUUUUAGAUUCAACUAAACAUAAGAGCAAAUUUGAAGUUUUGAAUUUUUUAAAUAUAUAGACUAAAAGCUUUAUAGCAAAGAUUAAAACACUCCAAAUGAUAUUGUACAGUAUUUGCAUGAAUUUUCUGUGUUGGCUAAAUCCUUUUGAUUAUAUGUUGAACUGUGUUGCAAAUGAAGGUGUCUCUGUCUCUCAAAAAAAAAAAA